AUGGAAAACCAGGAAGUCUUCUCAAAUAAUGAAAUAAUCUCUUGUGUGCUCUCAUCUGCAAACCAAAGAGGAUGACGUUUACAUGCGUUCGUUGACUGAGCAACUAGGAAAUACAGGAGGAGACGACAAAAGUGAAAAUGCCUGCCCGAAACACUGUAACAAGUGGUAUGCCCAGCAGUAAAGUCAGGUACUCUAAGCUGGCAAAUGAUGACAACGGUUAUAUAGACCUCCAGUUCAAGAAGAGCCCACCCAAAGUUCCAUACAAGGCUAUUGCCUUAGCGGUGGUCCUGUUCUUAAUUGGCUCUCUUUUGAUCAUUAUCGGGGCUCUUCUCUUAGCUGGAUACUUUGAAGUCACACACCGCGAUCGCACUGUCCCCAUCCUAAUCAUUGGGAUUCUGGUCUUCCUCCCUGGAUUUUAUCACCUGCGAAUCGCUUACUACGCCUCCAAGGGUUACCGUGGUUACUCAUACGAUGACAUCCCCGACUUUGACGACUGAGUCACUGCAUCAGCAGCUUGGAAAAUCACAGAAAGCUGAGAUUUUUCCGGAAAAUGAGUGCAAAGAGCUGUGCUCACCUCAAGUCCGAUCAUUUCGUGAGUUUAAGGCUCAUGCUCUAUGAAAUGAUGGGAUAAAACAAUGCAUGAAAACAGCUUACAUUCUGAAGUAUUAGUGUUUCAUGUAGUAAUUUGAGCUUUUACUGUGACAAGUUUGAAAUUUUGUGACUUUUGUUGAAGUUAUAAGAUGAGUAUGAUUUGGCUUUACCCCACAUUUUGAAAAGAUUUAUACCUCUAGCAUUUGAACUGCUAUUUUAGCAUACUUUAGGCAAUAACAUUUUGAUGAAGACUGAAAAACCCAGAAAAGCAUAGAAUGUAUGAGCACAUAUUUAAUUUAUUCAGUGUCUCUUUGAUAUAACUACAUUUUCUAGUAGUGUCGUCUUUCAGAGAAAUAAAUAUGGAAAGCCUUUCAUAAUGAUCAUAUUUGUUCUGGCUGAGUCAAAUUUAAGAUUUAGUGAGAUUCGUGUAAAGUAUAACUAAUCUGAGCUCUAUCAAACUAGGAAUGUGCAAUGCAACAGUGAUCACCAAAAUGGACAGUAUCUCAACUGUUCUUGGUCAAAUAUCAGUGAUACAUUCCAGAGGAAUUUCUCAGAAUGUCAUAUGAUAAAUAUGAAUCCUUUGAUCCCUCUAUGUGGUCUUUCCAAGCACACUGGCACAUAAGUAUGGACAGUGAAUUAAACUCAGCGUGCGAAAGAAUAGUGUGCAAAGCGGCAUCUCUGCAAAAAAAGGUAAAUGUAGAAUUUUCAUUUCUCUUGGUUGAAAGUUCAAAGCUGCUGAUACCAAGUGAUGAAAUCCCUCUCUAACAUUUUGAUAUUGUAGCCCUAGAGCGUGUCUCACAGACAAGAUUGAUGAUGAAAAUGUUAAAUUUUGAUGGAAAAUAUUCUGUCUCAUUGUGUUUAUGCCACUGUUGUUGUGGGUGACGCUUACAAAUCCAUGUGAUAGGUCUAAAUAAAGGUUUAA